AUGCGAGUCGGUUUCCUUGGUCUUGGGGUCAUGGGCACCCCUAUGGCCCUGAACCUCACCCGCAAAUUCGCCGUCACAGUCUGGAAUCGAACGGCUUCCAAGUAUCCACCACUCACACAAGCCGGUGCCAAAAUUGGGGAGACACCAGCGAAAGUGGUUGAACAAUCCGACGUCAUCUUCGCCAUGCUCUUCGACGGCGCGGCCUUGACAUCAAUAUUCAACGAUGACUUCCGAGGCGCACUUCGCGGGAAAACACUCAUCAACACAGCCUCCAUACCAGUCGAUAUCAGCAAACACGUUGCGGAGCAAGUUCAAAGGGCAGGCGGCAACUUCAUUGAGAUGCCGGUGAGCGGGAGCAAGAUCCCGGCGGAGCAGGGCCGACUUGUGGGGCUUUUGGCCGGGGAUCCGAAAAUUGCGGAGCAGAUGCGGCCGUAUGUGGAGCCUCUCACCGCCGCAGCGAUCUACUGUGGCCCGAUCGGCUUCGGCCUGAAGACCAAGUACGCCGUCAAUCUGUAUCUCAACAACAUGACCGCCGCGCUUGCCGAAUCCUUCAGUCUGGCGAAGGCACAGGGGCUCAACUUGGAAGCAUUCGGUCAAGUCAUCGACGCCGGACCUAUGGCUUCCGCAUACACCAAGGUCAAGAUCCCCAAGUUGGUGAACAACGACUGGGCUCCGCAGGCCGCGGUGAAGGACUGCUAUAACAGUACUCAGAUGAUUGUAAAAGCAGCGGAGGAUGCGAAUGUUAGAACACCAUACGCCGAGCUGUGCCGAGAGGUGUACAAGGAGGCUACGGAGGCUGGUCUUAAUGAGGAGGAUAUGAUUGCGGUCUACAAGCUCUUCCAAAAUCCUAGAUAA